AUGUACAAGAACCAGUUACAAGAGCUAGCGCAGAGGAGCUGCUUCAACCUGCCCUCGUACACGUGCAUAAGGGAAGGUCCGGACCACGCGCCGAGGUUCAAAGCCAUUGUCAACUUCAACGGAGAGACCUUCGAGAGUCCCCACUACUGCUCUACUCUCCGGCAAGCUGAGCACUCGGCGGCCGAGGUGGCUCUCAACUCCCUCUCCGGCCGCGGACCUUCCCACUCGCUCGCCGCUAGAAUUCUCACGAGGUUGCGUGGUCUUUGGCUUCUCCACGGUAGUCUGAAUCAAGAAGCUACCUCCCCUGUUCCAUUCAAAGAAAAUUCCAGAGUGUCAGUUACAGAAUUGUGGGACGAGACCGGGGUUUACAAAAACCUCUUACAGGAGAUUUCACAAAGAGUUGGAUCCCCAUUGCCUCAGUAUGUGACUUUCAGAUCGGGCCUAAGACACUUGCCUGUCUUCACUGGAAUAGUAGAACUGGCUGGAAUCACUUUCACCGGGGAGCCUGCCAAGAAUAAAAAGCAAGCUGAGAAGAACGCAGCCCUGGCAGCUUGGUCAUCUCUGAAACAACUGGCACAAAAAGAAGCAAGUUCAUCAUCUGAACCAGAGGCCAAUGACGAGCAGGAACAGAUCAGAAUAGCACGCUCUUUGCUGAACUAUCGUUUGAAAAUAAAGAUGAGAAUGGGUAACUCCACUGAUGCCCCCAUACCAUUUCCACAAAAACUUCCAAUUCCACACCCAAGACCGAUUAGUCCACAGCCUCCCCGUGUUUCCACAUCCAAAAUCCUCCCCUUAAUCUGCCCUACGACUGUUCCACGAAACAGGCCCACAUCUUCAACAGCAAAUGAAAGCCCUGUUCGAUUGUCACAGCCUCUGCCACCAUUACAACCUCAAGUUCCAGAAGGCCAUGCAAUUCGCCCCCACAGGUUCCCUGCAGCAGGGGCAGCUCCUUAUGUUCCAGUCCAGCAUUUUAGGACACCUUGCCAUGGGAUUGCACCACCAGUUACAAUUCGAACUGCAGUGCCAGUUUUCUCCGCACCACCGCCUUCUAUUCGUUCCCCUCAAGUUAUGCAAGUUCAACGUGCACGAAUUGCCCCACCUGUCUGUAUUAGGCAGGCUGUGCCAGUUUUUGCUCCUCCACCAAUUCAAAAGGACGAGCUUCCAACUGUCUUAGCUCCUGCUUUGCCAAACACAUCGCCAGCUGAGGUUGAGGAAAUUAGUAGGAAGUCUGAAAAUGGUCGGUAUGAAUCAGAGGCGGUAAAAACAUUGGAACAACUCAAAAUCUGA